AGACAGGCCCAGCUCCCUCUUCCCCUUGAGCAGGCAGGGCGACGCCCCCUGCAGCAGGCCCGUGAUUCAGUUGCUCUGACUGAUGAGGAGCUUGGGCCCGGGAGGAGUGUCGCACAGCCCCAGCCUGGUCCGUCCUCAGCCCUGGAUUGACGUCCAUGCUGUCCUGGGACCGUUUCAGCGGCCUAGUGGGGAGUCUGCUUUCUCCUCCGUCCUGUGUCUUGGGCUCAGGCAUGUGCCUGCUGCCCCUUUGUGGCCACAAGUAUGUAUCGGGCCCAGGGUGGCGCUCGGGACCCUCCCCUGUUGGGCUUAGAGACAUGGACGGCCCUUGCUGGCUGGAAGCUGCGGUGAGUGUGUGAAGGGCCCUCAGUCUUCCCUGAGGAAGGCCCUGCCUGCUCUUGGCUCUCACUGCUCCCAGGCCAUCUGCCAUCCGCUUUCCCCAGGUGCCUCCGUUUCUCUCUGACUUCUUGCCUGUUUUCCCUAACUCUGAGAGAUUACCUGCCUUCAAGUGCAGGAGAAAGCAGACAUCUUCCCUACAAGCCCGAGACCUAGCCCCCAGUAGAGCUGGCCAACCACCUGCCACGGAGCAGGCCACUGGUGCCUUGGCCAGGGUGCUUGUGGUGCCAGUCUGCUGCGUCUCAGUCACAUUCCGCCUGCUUUGCUGCCCUCAAGAAGCCAGAGAUGACCUAGUGUCUGACACCUCUGAACAAAGGGGCCUUUAUAGCCCCUUCCUCAACUCCCUCACCAUCCCCCAUGCUCCCCAGCCUGCCCCGGUUGCGGCCACUUCCUUUUGGGUGCCCCUCUGAGAUUCCAGACAGAGCCCAGGAGCCCCCAGGUUCCCAUUGUGAUGCAAGGACAGAACAGAACCCUGGGCCGCAGGCAGGUGGCUGGUGGGUAUCCCACCUCCCACCCCCAGCACGGCAGUGGAGAUGAUCAAGGUAGAACACCUGAAGGAGAAGCUCAUUAGCCAGGCCCAGGAAGUGAGCCGACUGCGAUCUGAGCUGGGGGGCACCGACUUGGAGAAGCACCGGGACCUGCUGAUGGUGGAGAAUGAGCGACUGAGGCAGGAGAUGCGGCGCUGUGAGGCCGAGCUGCAAGAGCUGCGCACAAAGCCAGCAGGUCCCUGCCCAGGUUGUGAGCACAGCCAGGAGAGCGCCCAGCUCCGUGACAAGCUGUCCCAGCUGCAGCUGGAGAUGGCGGAAAGCAAAGGCAUGCUGUCAGAGCUGAACCUAGAGGUGCAGCAGAAGACCGACCGGCUGGCUGAGGUGGAGCUGCGGCUCAAGGACUGCCUGGCUGAGAAGGCACAGGAGGAGGAGCGGCUCAGUCGGCGCCUGCGUGACAGCCACGAGACCAUUGCCAGCCUGCGGGCCCAGUCCCCACCUGUCAAGUAUGUCAUCAAGACAGUGGAGGUGGAGUCGUCCAAGACCAAGCAGGCCCUCAGCGAGUCCCAGGCCCGGAACCAGCACCUGCAGGAGCAGGUGGCUAUGCAGAGGCAGGUGCUGAAGGAGAUGGAACAGCAGCUGCAGAGCUCACACCAGCUGACCGCGCGGCUCCGGGCGCAGAUUGCCAUGUAUGAGUCAGAGCUGGAGCGGGCCCAUGGGCAGAUGCUGGAGGAGAUGCAGUCCCUGGAAGAGGACAAGAACCGAGCCAUUGAGGAGGCCUUUGCCAGAGCCCAGGUGGAGAUGAAGGCUGUGCACGAGAAUCUAGCAGGCGUCCGGACCAACUUGCUGACCUUGCAGCCGGCACUGCGGACCCUCACCAAUGACUACAAUGGGCUCAAGCGGCAGGUGCGCGGCUUCCCACUGCUGCUGCAGGAGGCCCUCAGGAGUGUCAAGGCCGAGAUAGGCCAGGCCAUCGAGGAGGUCAACAGCAACAACCAGGAGCUGCUGCGCAAGUACCGCCGCGAGCUGCAGCUGCGUAAGAAGUGCCACAAUGAGCUCGUGCGGCUGAAAGGGAACAUCCGAGUGAUUGCUCGUGUCCGGCCAGUCACCAAAGAGGAUGGGGAAGGACCUGAGGCCACCAAUGCUGUGACGUUCGAUGCCGACGACGACUCCAUCAUCCACCUGCUGCACAAGGGCAAGCCUGUGUCCUUCGAGCUGGACAAGGUCUUCUCCCCACAGGCCUCGCAGCAGGACGUGUUCCAGGAGGUGCAGGCCCUGGUCACCUCUUGCAUUGAUGGCUUCAAUGUCUGCAUCUUUGCGUACGGCCAGACGGGCGCCGGCAAGACGUACACGAUGGAGGGGACCGCUGAGAACCCAGGUAUCAACCAGCGGGCCCUGCAGCUGCUCUUCUCUGAGGUGCAGGAGAAGGCAUCUGACUGGGAGUACACCAUCACCGUCAGCGCUGCGGAGAUCUACAAUGAGGUCCUCAGGGACCUGCUAGGGAAAGAGCCUCAGGAAAAACUGGAGAUCCGGCUGUGCCCAGACGGCAGUGGGCAGCUGUAUGUACCAGGGCUGACUGAGUUCCAAGUGCAGAGCGUGGACGACAUCAACAAGGUGUUUGAGUUUGGCCACACUAAUCGCACGACCGAGUUCACCAACCUGAACGAGCACAGCUCCCGCUCGCACGCGCUGCUCAUCGUGACGGUGCGAGGCGUGGACUGCAGCACAGGCCUCCGCACCACGGGGAAGCUGAACCUGGUGGACUUGGCUGGCUCGGAGCGCGUGGGCAAGUCGGGGGCCGAGGGCAGCCGCCUGCGGGAGGCGCAGCACAUCAACAAGUCGCUGUCGGCUCUGGGGGACGUCAUUGCUGCCCUGCGCUCCCGCCAGGGCCACGUGCCCUUCCGCAACUCCAAGCUCACCUACCUGCUGCAGGAUUCGCUUAGUGGUGACAGCAAGACCCUCAUGGUGGUACAGGUGUCCCCUGUGGAGAAGAACACUAGCGAGACGCUCUAUUCCCUCAAGUUUGCUGAGAGGGUGCGCUCUGUGGAGCUGGGGCCUGGGCUACGCAGGGCAGAGCUUGGGUCCUGGUCAAGCCAGGAGCAUCUAGAGUGGGAGCCGGCUUGUCAGACGCCACAGCCCUCGGCACGUGCCCACUCAGCCCCCAGCUCUGGGACCAGUAGCCGCCCUGGAUCCAUCCGGAGGAAGCUGCAGCCCUCAGGGAAGUCGCGGCCACUGCCUGUGUGACGGAUGUGACCCCGCUGGGCCUGAAGCUGGGCCCUGAGGUCUCACUGGCCUGUUCCUGCUGCAGCGCCAGGAUCCCCCGGAGGUAGAGGCGAGAGUGGAGGCUCUUCUUCUGCCCCGUCUCCCCUCAGAGAUGAGAAACAUGUUCAGAAGGAAACGGUGUCUCUCGGCUGUGGCUCUGAGUGCAAAUUGCAUGGGCGGAAAGGCGGGGGUGGCUGCUCUUCCUGGCAGGCCUGGGCCAUCAGCGAACUGGGCCCCGUGAGGAGGGCGGGAGUGUGGAGGAGGGUGGGCCUCUCACCCAGGCUGCCUCGGCUCCUCUCCUCAGCUUGCAGAGCUGGCCAGCCCCCUCCUUAGGGGGUGGGCGAGGAGCCUCUGGGCAGACCCAAGAACCAUGGGGACUGGGGUGGGUUGGUGGCACCAAUGGCAGCCCUCCCCGCCCCUCUCCUUCAAGGUGGGUUCCCGCAGCUGGGGGGUGUGCGGAGGUGCAUGGCCUCCCGCCACGGGGCCGUGCUGUGUUUAUGGCUGGCAGAGGCAGCCAGCGGGUGGGGGAUUCUGCUGCUCGCUCACCUGCCUGGCUCGCUGGUCUCUCGAAUUUUCUUCCCUCUGAAAUCCUAUUUAAGAACUUUUGGAAGCUUAGCCAUUUUUACUUAUUAAAAUAAAAGCCUUUUUACACAA